GGCCGGACUCUCGCACGGCCGGGCUCGGGCGGCGCCGCGCAGCCCCGCAGAAUCAAGAAUGAUAGCCGCAGGGAAAUUUGCAAGUCUUCCCAGAAAUGUCUCAGUGAACCAUCAGUUCUCGUUAGCAUCGUCCAUGGACCUUUUGACCACCAAACCUUCACUAACUGAGCAUCGCUCAGACUCCUUUCAAGACAUAUCUAUCCAUGGCACUCUCCCCAGGAAGAAGAAAGGAACGGUUAAAGUUAGGGCUUGUGAUAUGUUUAACCAUGUGGGAAUGUUACCAAACACCAGAACACAAAGGCAACAGCCACCUUUUGUACAGGAUGUCAUAGAAGAGUACCCUCUACAAAAUGGGAAGAGCAACAAACUCCAUACCAGUUCUAGAGAUCAGAAUAUUCCAGAUCCUACUUUGGAGUAUGUCAAGUUUUCUAAGGAGCGGCAAGUUAUGGACAACAGCCCAGAAAAACUGAAGAAAGAGCUAGAGGAAGAACUGCAGCUCAGCAGUGAAGAUUUGCGUAGCCAUGCCUGGUACCACGGACGGAUUCCUCGGCAGGUGGCGGAAGACCUAGUUCAGAGGGAUGGAGAUUUUCUGAUUAGAGAUUCUCUUUCCUGUCCUGGCAGCUUUGUUCUUACCUGUCAGUGGAAGAAUACCUCUCAGCAUUUUAAAAUCAACAGGAAAGUUCUAAGAUUAAGUGAAGCCUACUGCCGUGUUCAAUAUCAGUUUGAACUUGAAAGUUUUGACAGUAUCCCUGGCUUAGUUAGAUACUAUGUUGGGAAUCGCACACCAAUAUCAAAACAGAGUGGAGCAAUUAUUUUUCAGCCUAUCAACAGGACUGUGCCUCUCAGGUGUCUAGAAGAAAAGUAUGGCUUAACUCCAGACCGACAAAAAGAGCAAAGUAUCCCUGAAGGAAAAACAGAAACUGCAAAAAGACUGAGUCUUGGUAUAGCCAGCAUGCAGUCCCAGGAGCAGAGCAUACCCAGAGGAAAUCUUUUGAGAAACAAAGAAAAAAGUGGUAGCCAGCCAGCUAGUUUGGAUCACGUUCUGGACAAGAGAUUCCCUCUUAAAACUCACCAGUCGGAGAGCUAUCUGCUGAGAGGUUCAAGACAUUCCUCUCGAUUACCUGAAGCAGAUGCUGACUCCUGCCCAAGCUCUCCUGCAUUUAGAACAGGCAGUGAACCUUCUUUAAGCCCCACAGUUGUUCAGAAAGUAACCUAUGAUUCACAAGCAGGAGAAGCUCUUAGAGGAUCAGACAGCCAGCUCUAUCCAAAGCCUCCACCUAAACCCAGCAAAGCAGCCCUGCUGAAGACCCCAGAUUCUCCUACGGUUUCCCAUAGCUCAGAAGGACACUAUUGUGAGCUAAGCCUUGCCAGAGAUUCUGCAGCAACAAAACAACAUUUAUGCCAGAAAAACAGCUACGUGGAGCAUCUGACACAAAAGGAGAGGGGAACACAAUCAUUCAGGAACUCUGAAACAAGUUAUUUGAUCCUGGAUGAUGACCCUACAACGAAUUCUGCAAGUCCUUUAGAUGUUUCAACUGAGACGGAUGAAAAAAAUAAUGUGUUUUCUGCACCUCUUUUUGAGACGUUGUCUAGUUUUAAACCAAAUGAUUUUGAAUCCAGACUACUUCCGUCUGAAAACAAGCCUUUGGAAACAUCAAUGCUAAGAAAAAUUAAGGAGCUUUUCACCAAGAAUAACCCAAAGGUUAUUGCACAGCAUAUUCUUAGAAUGGACUGCAAGGUGGCAAGGAUACUAGACGUUUCUGAAGAGAUGAGGAGGAUUAUGGGAGUGAACUCCGGUCUUGAACUGAUUACUUUGCCUUAUGGACAUCAACUGCGCCUGGACCUAAUUGAAAGGCACAAUACCAUGGCAAUAGGAAUAGCUGUGGAUAUCUUAGGUUGCACAGGAAAUCUGGAAGACAGAGCUGCAACAUUAAACAAGAUCAUCCAAGUUGCAGUGGAGCUGAAGGACUCACUGGGGGAUUUGUAUGCAUUUUCUGCCAUUAUGAAAGCACUGGAAAUGCCACAGGUCACCAGGUUAGAACAAACAUGGACCUCUUUAAGACAUCAUUACACCCAGACUGCCAUCAUGUAUGAAAAACAGCUGAAGCCAUUCAGCAAAGCUUUGCAUGAAGGACAAGAGAUGGUCAGUGUUCCACAGAAUCUAACACUGCCACUGCUGAUGCCUCUUGUUACCUUGAUGGAGCGACAAGCUGUCACUUUUGAAGGGAUGGAUCUGUGGGAAAGCAGUGACCAAAGCUGUGAAAUAAUGUUCAGGCACUUGACCACGGCUCGUCAGAUAGCACAGAAUGCAGAAACGUACAGCUUGACUGCACAACGGAUGCUGGAAGGUUUCCAGCCAGAUGAAGAGAUGAGCGAAAUCUUCAAGACAGAAUUUCAAAUGAGAUUGCUCUGGGGCAGCAAAGGAGCACAAGUUAAUCAGAAUGAAAGAUAUGAGAAGUUCAGCCAGAUUUUAACUGCACUUUCCCGAAAACUGGAACCUCCUCCAGUGAAGCAGCAUGUGAAGCACUUUAAUUUUUGCUGGAGGCUGGGCAGCUACGCUGCCAGGAAAUGAAUGAUGAAAUGGCAAGAACAAAAAACCUAGCAAAACAUCCAUACCCUACAGGCAAAUUAUUUUUGAGUCAAGCAACCAUAGUAUAUGUUGUUAACCUUACCAUCAAAAGGAUAUAUUGCCUUGCAAUGUCCUAUAGCUGGUAAUGGAUCAUCAUCUUCAAACUCAUCGUCAAACUCAUUUGGAUGUGCGUGCUGCUGUGGUGGGCCUCGGACUUCCUGAUUCGCAUCAUCUGUGUAACUCCCUUCAGGGCUAUAAUGCAAUGAUCACAGCGUGAGGAUUCUUCAGAGUUCUGAGCUCUGAAACUCUGAACAUAUAUACAUCAUAGGAAAGUGCAAGACCCUGGAUAUUUCUUUGGGAAGGCAUGUUAACAGUUCCGGAAGUGAUCUUCUGAAAGUGUUUUGAUCUAACAACAAGGGCUUGGACCAAAUUCUCUUACAAAACCAAAGAAAUCAGGUCAGUGUAACGUAAUGGAAGAAGACAACAUUAAAAGGUACUAUGAGCAGGUGUUACAGUUCAACUCUCCAUUUUUCUACAUUACCGUGAUGAUCUUAGUGACCUCUAGAAUUUAGAACUAGUAAGAUUAUCCUUUGGAAGGACAUAAACUUUCAGAGGAUAAGGAGCAACCUUCUAUUAACUAUUGGAGAGAGAUACUGAUUCUAGCAUAGAUUUAAAAGCAGUAGAGAUAGAACAGAAUAGUGACCUCUCUCUGCCCUGUGUUACAAGGUGGUUGAUAUCACUGCUGUGUCGCCUGUCAGUUCUGGCUGCUACUUUUCCUUCAACUUCAGAGAGCCAGGCCUUGAAGAAAAGAAGACAAAUACUGGUAUCAAGAUGAAAGCUGAUCCUAAACCAGCAACUACAAUUUUAAAAAUGCACUUAACUACAUACUGUUUAGUUGUUGGUGUACAGCCACAGAGGGACUGUAUUCAUCUAUGAAGUCUUGAAAUUAUUUUAUAUGAAGCAUAAAUAUUUCUGCUUAGCCUAUACUCUGUACUGGUGUUAAGUAACAGAGAAAAAAAAUCUGUAACCACCUAUGACUUGCAGAAUAAUUCAUUCAUAAAUUCUUCUCAACAUCCUGCAUCUACUAUAAAGUACGCUGUCAUUCCAGCUAGACUAACAUUUCUGAAAAUAGAGCACCCCACAGAAAACUGUACUGGGAGAUCUUGGUUUAAUCAAGUAGUUUCACAGCUGAUCUGUAACCCAUAAGGCAGUGUACCAUAAUAUAAUUCAUGUACAUUUUUUAAGAAAUUGCUUUAGAUUCUAACCUCAUUCUUGUGUAUUUCCAUCCGCAGGCGGUCCAUGUUGCUCAUUGUCUCAGCUAACUUUGGCUGUAAACUGCUUGGAUCACCCAUCUGGGGAUUUUUUUCAUAAACAUCUCUCAUCUUGAUGAGGGCAUCUCUAACAUAGAAAACCCCACAAUAAUUAUACAAAUUAUAUAUACCUGUACUAGUUCCUUACAGCAAAGAUACUGCUUACAUUUGAAAUCUUAGCCCAUGAUUACAGUUCACAGAUAGUAAACAAAGAUACUAUACUGGAGCAGGAGGAUGCAAUGUUAGCAGAAUCUACGUAUGGCAGAUCUUCAAUUAAAAAUAUUUUCAAUAGCUUACAAUAGCUUAUUCUCUCCUAAUUUUUGAAGUUUUUGGCUAAAGCAUAGGACUUUAACUAUGAUGCACUCACUUUUGGUCAGUUUCCUUCUGUAGUUCUCUGUUGAGUUCAUCAAUUCUCUGCUGAAGUUUCUUGCGUCUCUGUUCUGGAGGAAGGUGGCUGAAGUCUUCCAGUGCAGGGCCCUGAAAAAAUAAAUACUAUUACACAAGUAACACACGCAUCUAGGCAGCUGAACUGACAUACCCACACAUGAACGGUGUUCACUGGAAGCAAGAUGGACCUUCUCAGAACUCUACUUGACACACAGCUCUUUAAAAGACCACAACAGAAUUGAUACGUGUUCUUGGUGCUAUCCUGUAGUCACUCAUUCAAGGUUCUUUCUACCUUCUGUAACAGCUGGCUUGGUGUUGCGAUUAAUAAUUUGUAGAUUAAGCACUAAUUAGUCUAAGAAGCUGAGCCACGAAACUUCCUAGUUUAGCCACUGCCCCAGUGCAGAUGUAGCAAAACCAACAUUACUUACUGAACAUUUAUUUCAGUCAGAAGAAAAAUCUAACGUGUAUAUAGCACAUAGGUAAUUGAAUCUUUCCACAGCCUGUUUUCACUGGCUACUUGGAUGCUGUCAAAAAAAGAACACUGUCAUUUGGACCUUUGUUCCAAAACAUUAAUAAUAUAGUUCUCUUUCAGAAGCUCAUCAAUCUUGCUAGAAAAAAAUAUUAAAAGAAUCUCAAUUGGACUUACAAAGUUCUGACACAUUUUCCCUAGAGUAAAACCAGUUCACAGAGCAUAGAAUUUAUACAAUCAAACAAAACUUGCUCAUAUAUUCCAAGUAACCUUCUUAAUUAUAAAAAAGAACAUUUCAAGGGAGGGAAAAAAACCUGCUAAUUCUCAAUUUUUAUUAUUAUCUUUUUAAACUUAAGGCCAAAUAUUGGUAUGAGCCCACAUUUGCAAAGGUUUGAUUGCAAGCUUGUGCUAAGAUUAUAAAUAGUAUGGUAGAAUUGGCAUGUAAUAAAGCAUGGGAGGAGAUUUUUACCAAUCAUGUGAAUUUGAUGUGCUAACUUUCCUCCAUGAGCAAUAGACACCUAAACUGCUUAUUAAGAAGGUAAUAUAGUACACAUACUGGUAACAAAGUUACAUUACUUUCUUACAAAUAUUUGUAGGUCAAAAAAACCUGCUUGCCAUUACAGAGACCCUCCACAGAUGUAAAAUGAGCUGGACAGCAUUUCUUUUGACAGGAAACCUAAUAAACAUUGCUGUCAAGAUUUUGACACAAACAGCCUUAGGUCCAGGUGCAGUUCUGGGUUUCUAGAUUCCCCCAUCUUAAUGAUCUUCUUGCCCCUCAACUUCUUGGCUCUCCUCCACUUCUAAAAUCCUAAUCUCUCUUACUUCUUAAGAUGGAAAUACACGAGCCCAUUAGAAAGAAAAAAAAAGGAAACCAAAGAUCAAAGUAUGGUGUUUCAAAAACAAAGAGUGUUUCUUAGAAAACAAAAAGGCUUUCAGGUGCUUCCACACGCUACAGAAAAACAGAUAAUCAUGUCCUUUGUAUCAUUGUUCCUUACAGGACAAUUAAUUAAAACCAGUGAGUAAUAUUCAGAGGAACACAGUUAUUCAUGUGAAUUUUUUUUACUUUUUUACUCUGCAAAGUUACAAUAUUGAUUAAGGGGCAUUUUUUCAUUUAAUAUAAAAGCAGUCUAGUACUCCUAAACAUAAAGGAUCAUCUCCUCUGUAAAUGUCAGGUUGAAUUCAAGUGCAUGAAUUUUGCAGUAUUCACUAUUCCUCUUUUAAACAAGUCUUGUAAUCUUUUUGUAUACUUCUAUCUUAUGCUGCUUUAAAAAUUAUUUCUGAAACAGAGAAAGCAUAAGUAUUUCCAUCGUCACCAACUGAUGAAUGCUGGUCAACCUUAAAAUCCCAAAACCACAGAAUAAAUUGCAGACAGAUCACAAGUCUCAUUAUCUCACAUUAAGCAUGUGGAUGGUUAAGAACACGACUGUGUAUGAGAAUGGAAAGUCUGAAGAUGUAUUCCAGUGCCUGACUUAGAGCAGUUAUGAUAUGGAAACACUUUCAGAAGAUUACUUUCAUGCUAUCUUAGCAGAAGUACAGCAGACAGAUCAGCACACGGGCUUACCGUCUUCACCGACCACUGCACAGUUCAUUUGAAAACAGAAAGAAACGGGAAAUUACUCACAUGUAACGACCAGUUACAAAAAUGAUUAAUGCCUAAAAAUGUAUCUUUAAAGUAUUAAACAUUAAUAUUUUAAACUAUGAAAAUACGUUUUACUACGAGCACAAGAACAGCAAAAGACAAUCAGGAAUGCACUUCUGCGCUAAGCAUUAUAGAUUUAAAAAAAUCAGUAGAUGAGAAUAGGUAGUUUAACUUACAAAACUAUAAAACACAACUUCUUUAAACUAGGGUUUAGAUUUGAGUGUUCAAAUGAUACACUUAACAAGCUUUUACUGUGGGAGAAGAAAUGCACACAGCCAACACUGCACAAAAUAGCAGAAUUUGAUGAUGAUGGACUGAUCAGCCAUAUACAAAUAGCUUUUUACAGCAAUCCACUACCAUCACCUUUACAAAGGUAAUUUACACCUUAUUAUCACAGAAGGCUACAAUAAACAAAGACCUUUUUCAAGUUAAUGAUUUUACUUUUUGUAAACAAACAUUUGGGUCAGCAUUGCUACCCUAGAAUGUUUUAGUUAUUCAACCUGGAAGAAGUAAAUAAACAAAAGCACAGCUUUGCUUUAACAUUCACUAUGCUUUCCAUGACCUUUUAUAAGCCUUUCCAGAGAAUGGCUAAGGAACUUAGGAGAUAGACAGAUAUCUGCAUUGAUAUGACCUUUAGCGAUUGCUAUGACUAUUGAUGAUUAGAAUUUCUAGCAAUAAAGAAAAUGAACAUCCUUCACAAAUGAUACCAUGGUAGAAACCUCAACAAAGUCCAAAGCCGUACAAUGGAUACAGAAUAAACUACUUUUUCUCUCUACAAAGAGCCUUCUAAGAAAAUGCAAAAUAAGAUUCAUGUGUCACUGUUCACAACACAACCAUGUAUGUAUCAAGCAGCAGUGAGGAAAGACCUCGUAAGUAAAUGGAAAUGAUGAUUUUGAAAAUAAUAAGCUGCAUGGAGUAAUAGUAUUAAUGAAAGGGAGGCGUGGCUAUUCCUAAGGCUUUUUUCCAUACCUUGUUAAUUUUGUAUAGAGAGAGAACUUCAGCUACUGUACACUAUGUUCUCUGUACAGCAGAUGGCAGGAAAAAUCCUAAUGCAUGAAGCACAGAAUGAGAGCAGCUCAGUUUUGUGAUCUCUAGUGCUUCAAAUGACACCUGGGGCAUAAAAAGCAGCAUGUCUGCUAUGCUUAUUACCUCAUCUUUGCUCAUGGAUAAAUCUCAAAGCAAAUUAAAACACCAUUUGAAAGUUGUGCCUGUCAAUUCUAUUUGGACAUAGUUUUCCAGGGAUAAAACCAUGGAAAACAUAGCACUUUGUAUUAGGAACUAUUAAGAAUAGAACAAACAGUAUUUCAAAGAUAAAACUGGUCAAUGACCUAAAAUCUAUUAAAAUUACAGCACACAUUUAAAGACAUUUGAUAUGUGAGGUCUUUAAAUGUUUGCAAGGUAUUUCAAACCACAUAAAACAAAAUAUUCAUCUGGAAGACUUAGAGAUUUCAAAACAUUUGAUACUGCCGGAUAACGGAGAUCAUCCACAUUUGGAUGUUACUAUCAAUCUUCUGUAUUGAGUUGAUUCUAUUUUACAGCAUGGCCAAUAAAUUGGUAAGAAUACAAAAUUAAAAUACUGUUUUUGUUUUCCAUGGGUAUUUUCUAGUUGUUAGUAACAAAUUCUAGAUCUAUUAAGAUUAUAAGGUAUCAAUUUGUGAGGAGUUGAUAUAUCCAAUGAUAAAACAAAAAGGCGGGGGUUAAUCAAGAUCUCUGCUACUUCAGCAACUUUAAUCCAGUUCUUGAGUAGGUAAGGAAGGAAUACUAUCUUCACAACCAAAAUAGAUUACAAUACCAUUCAGAAAAUAAAAGGAAAAGCUUCCCUUCAUCAAUACAUACAGAAUAUCUGGGGGUCUGAUAUAAGAUGUCAUGACAUGAUUUAAAGAAAGUACAUUAAAGCAUGGUUCAUUUCUGAAUGAUAGCAAGGGAGCCUCUAAAUCAUUAACUUUACUGCACUGCUGCGCUGUACUUUGAUCUCCACAUUACAGUAACCAGCCAUUCUUGGUGCAUAUGAGAUAGCACGCUGAUUUUUGUUUUCGAAUACAAGAAAAUCAUGAAUUAAAUAUAAUCAGGUACAUCCAAUUAUCUCAUUAUAAAGAUCACUAAGCAUCUUAAAACACACAAACUGGGCAGCCUGUAUUUCACUGAAAUAACAGGAAAGUGGCAAUACAUUUAUCACUUGUACUGUAAACGUUGCUAAGAAACCACUUAACAAUUCUCUUCUGUUGUCUUCCAAACAAAUUCUAUUUGCAGAAUAUGCCACUAAUAACUGAUAAAUGAAUUGACAAAUCUCAAAGUAAUUUUUCAAUACCUUUACCCAGAAGUACCUUGGACAAAAACAAUUUGUUAAGCAUAAAAUUAAGAGGGUAAUUUUUCAGAAAAUCAGGAUUGCAAAAUCUGCAAGCACUGUGUGCUGAAACAUUUGAUGUAUAAAAAAAUAAAUGAAACUUCUCCAUUCUUCGUUCUGUCUCAACAUCAACUACUAUUAUUUCAAUUAGAAGUCAGCAAAUAAAGCGAUCAUCUGUAAGCUUUUUUUAUGGUUACUAUUUAUUCCCUGCGGUGUAGUACUGCUAAAAUAUGGUAUAUGAUGGUAGGAAAACAUUUGUGAACGUGAACAACAAUGAAUAAAAGUUAUCAAACACAUGCUGAGCACCCUCUUUAUAAAACUUUUAUUUUAGACACAAGCAUUUGGAAUGUUACAACAAGUAUUUACACUAUUGCAAUUUUAAUCUGGUGGUAAGGUCUGUGUAAUAUGAAAAAAAAAACCCACAAACCAACAACCACCAGAGCAUCCUAAAAGUGACUGUAUAGCUGAGUACUGCUUAAAAAAGAGUAAGCCUUAUAAUGAGGGUGAAGAGCAUUAGAAAAGCCACAUCACAAACACACUGUUCAUAGCCCAUCAUGCAUUUCAACUUUUUAUCCAACUUACCCCUCUUUUGAGGCUUCUGAAAGAAGGAAUUCUGGGCUUCCCUGUUUUUAUGUCACUCAUGCAAUAAUGCACUGGUUCAAUGGAGAAUAUGGGAUACUGGGACCCAUUAGGAGUACUGGAUAUGUAUAA